CUUGGUUUACGUCAGUUAUGUCAUCUCUGCGAAGGAGUGGAGGAGUGGCUGAGUGAAUAGAUAAAGCCUGUUGGGGCAGUUCAUGACCAGUUAAUGACAUGUGAGGGUCUGCAGAAGGUCAUCGAACAGUUAUUGAAAAUUCAAAUGGAUAGAGUUCAUGGAGAAUGAAGUGCUUCAUCAGUACAGCAGAAAUCUACCUAUCGGCGUCGAUAGGAGUGGGGGAACGACUCGAAGAAGUCAGCUGUUUUUCAGAGCAGGAGGACAGGAUUGGGACGCAGGGGACGAUGGCGAAACUCCGGCACGCUGUGUGGGAAUUAUCAUCGAAUUUCUCCUCAAAUCGAUACUUCUCAAAAUUACUUUCAUCUCCUUGGCGUCAGUACUCACUACAGAAUAUAAAUCUUCGUAAAGCAGCGACGAACGCAGCUGAAGACGUGUCUGAGGAUGCCCUGAUCAUCAGCGACAGCUGCGUGAAGAGAUUGAAGGAGAUAUCUCAGGAUGGUGCCUGUUUGCGAGUGACUGUCGAGGGUGGAGGAUGCUCUGGCUUCCAGUACAAAUUCGAUCUUGACUCCACGGUUCACGAGGAUGACAAAAUUUUCCUGAAGGAUGGAGCCAAGAUCAUAAUAGACUCAACUUCCCUGGAGUACGUGAAAGGCUCAACGAUUGAUUUCCACUCUGAAUUAAUUCGUUCUGCCUUCAGAAUAAUAAAUAACCCCCUCGCCGAGCAGGGCUGCAGCUGUGGUGCAAGUUUUUCUAUCAAGAUUGAUUGACACUGAAUGCGAAUAAUUGUUGAAUUCAUGUAGUUGUAUAUUACAGUAUAUAUUUUUUAAAAUGUUUAUCAAAGCUUAAGAUAUUCGUCAAUCUGUGGGAUCACGCUGUAUUUUAGAUAAAUUACGUCAACGCCAGAGUCUCGACGUUCAUUGAUAAGUUAUUAGUGUACAUAUUAGUUAAUUAUUAAAAACUUACGACAGAUUAUAGCAAUAAAAUGGUGGUUCAUGUGGUGA